AUGGAGAACGUUAUAAAUUAUGUGCAGGAGAAGUUAAGGAAACUUGGAGCAGAAAGCAUGUUGGAAGACAUGCAGAUGCAGGUGAAAUUGAAGAGGGUGGGAGCAGUUUCCGCAUUGAAAAGUUUCCUAGAUAAGUUGGACAAAACUGGCAAUCCCUACAAAGUGAUGAACUAUUUCCAGCUGAAAUUUGGUUGGGACUUCAAAAAUAUUCCAGAUGAGUUGAAUAUAGAGCGUGGUGAUCAUUUACACACGCAGUUUAUUGCUAUUAUCAUCAUCGGACUGUUGUUCCUGCUUGUUUGUUUCUUCUGCUGCAAGAUCUGCAGGAAGAAAGCAGCAGCUAAGACUAUGAAAGCUCCUGGAAGGAAAAAUGGUGAUAGGAUGUUAAGGUCUAAAUUUGAAAGCAAUCCCAAAUCAUAUUUCCUGGAUCUACGCUGUAAGAAGAAUUGA